AUGCACGCCUCCCUCAUCCGCCGCUCCCUCGGCGGCCUUGUCCCGCCCAAAAUCGCCACCCCCAAGCUCGUUUCGGGGGACUCCGCUGGCCCGCUCGGUCCCCUUGUGUCGUUCUACUCCAAGCUCCCGAAGGGCCGCGCGCCGGCGCCUGCGGUGGCGGGAGUCAAGGGGCGCUUGUUCAGUGGGAAGAACGCCAGCGCGAAGCCGGUACUGGCGCUCAUUGGCGGGCUGUGGCUGGUGGGGUAUACAUUGGACUACCAACUCGAUGUCCAGUCCCAUCCACUCCUCUCGCUCACCCUCAACCCUGUCCCACCCUCCUCCUCGAUCGAUACCGUCUGCGGUCAGCAACGCAUGUGCCAACGGACAUCUCGCGAGGUACUCCUGGCUCUGCCGCCAUCACCAACCGUACGGAGUGCCAGUGACGAGCGUGGCGGCGCAUGGGUGAAGGAACUUGCAGAGGAUGGUACUCAUGCCCCUGCCGCGUCGGGUUAG